CACAUCCCUAGCUGCACAAGCCAAAUUUUUUUUUUCUGGCAAAGAUUCACGUUUUUUCCCGAAAUUUAGACCCACAGAACAAUGGAAACGACGAGCUCCAGUCCGGUAAAGCCCAGGCGAAAAGACAAGGAAGAAGAUGGUCGCGCAGAGGAGGAGGACGCUAAGGACCAGGUGGGUGAACCGCAUAGGAAGCUCCUGCGGUUAGGAGAGACUCCUGAGGCAAAGGAAGUGCUACUUAACGAGGCCUACCAGCAGCCAAAACUCACACAGUGGCUUCAGACGGCCUGGACGGCCGAGAAGCACCAAGGAACCAAGGAGGAUCAGACCGGGGCGCAGGUGUUCGCAGAUCCCUUCCAGAUCUGCCUCCUCCCUGGCAUGUUAGAACAGGGUCAGAGCCAAGCGCUGGUCGCCGAGAUCAUCCAGAAAGUGCAGUGGUCGCGCAAGCAAAUGGACCUGUACGAAUUUUACCAGAGCUCCGACCUCUCCAACAUGCCCACUUGCCCGCUGCUGACCAACUUCCUGCAGGUGCUCCGCAAACAAGUUCGUCCCUGGCUGGAGAAGGUGACAAACCUCAAACUGGAUUACGUGUCCGCCUCCUGCAGCAUGUACACCUGCGGCGACUAUCUGCUCGUGCACGAUGACCUUCUGAAGGACCGGCAGGUAGCCUUCAUCUACUACCUUUCGCCCUGGGAAGGAGCGGAGGAGUGGUCGGAGUCGCAGGGAGGCUGUCUGGAGAUCUUCGGCAGCGACGACCAAUGCUUCCCCCAGUUCCCGGUGCAGCGAAAGAUCGCCCCCAAAGACAACCAGUUCGCCUUCUUUAAGGUGGGCUCGCGCUCCUUCCACCAGGUGGGCGAAGUAACCACAUUUGACUACCCGCGUCUGACCAUCAACGGCUGGUUUCACGGCGAAACGAACGAGGCCUUCGUAGCCGACUCCAUGCGCGCUUUUCCUCGCCUGAACUACCUGCAGCCCGAUAUCAUGAAUAAGCCACCGCUGGGCCUUUUCCUGAAUAAUGUGUAUCUAAAGAGCGCCACACGCCGAAGCAUUCAAAAGCGGAUCGAAGAGAACUCUGAAAUCUGCUUGUACGAAUUCUUCAAGCGAGAAAAGUUUGAAUUGGCCCGGUCACAGCUGCUGGCGGAUUCGGACACUCUGAAGUGGCGAAGACAAGGACCCGCUAACGCGCACAACUACGAGGUUCUGGAUUUGGCAACGGCUCGAGGCACCAUACUGGAACUGCUGCAACUGUUUCGCUGCCACGCGAUGUUCGACUUGCUGCGUGAUUUCACCGACCUAGAUUUGGCUGGCGCCGAUGCCCAGAGCCCAACCUGCAGCGUGGAGCUGCAGCGCUGGUCCCACGGCAACUACACAGUGCUGGGCGACGGUCUGGCAAGCGAGGAGAACACUUUGGACCUGGUCUAUUACCUGAACGCGGCGGAAGGUGCAGCGGUGAUCACUUACCUCUCGCCCGACUCCGAAAUGCCCGCCGCAAAGGCACCACCGAAUGGAAGAAGAUCGGACUACGAUGGAGAAGAGGAGGACGAGUCCGUGCUGCUCACCAUAACGCCGGUGGACAACGCCCUAAACAUAGUGUACCGAUGCGAGGGCACUACCAAGUUCACCAAAUACGUGUCGCGCAACACGCCCCUGGAGAAGGGUCCUGUUUUUGUUAUUUCCUGCAGCUACAAGGAGUAGCAUGUGACUUUAAUUCACAACAUGCGCACAAUUACUUCUAAAGGAGUAUCAACAUUCAUACCUUUCUACUGUACAGAAACUAAUUUACAUAAUAAAACUUAUACAAAUCACAAAAAAAA